AUGUUUGUGAUCUUCAUAAACGACAUAGAUGAAAACAUAUCGGGCCACAUUGACAAGUUUGCGGACGACACGAACUGUUACUGUGGCCCGACCUCCGCCCUCCACCACUAUCACGGUAUAAUUGUCUUCUCCUCCUCACCACAGGGCCUCUGGCUUCUUGCUCCCGGUGAUUGGUCCACUAAGACUACAGAAGGUCGCCCUCAGAUAAAAGUAAGACUACAGAAGGUCGCCCUCAGAAGUAAGACUACAGAAGGUCGCCCUCAGAUAAAAGUAAGACUACAGAAGGUCGCCCUCAGAAGUGAGGAAGGUGUUGAUGAGAAUAGUCAAGACGGCUUAAAUGUAAGCAGUGAUGAGAGUGACGGCAGUGAGGAUAGUGAUGGUAAAGAGAAUGCAGGCGAGAGUGACGGCAGUGAGGAUAGUGAUGGUAAAGAGAAUGCAGGCGAGAGUGACGGCAGUGAGGAUAGUGAUGGUAAAGAGAAUGCAGGCGGGAGUGACGGCAGUGAGGAUAGUGAUGGUAAAGAGAAUGCAGGCGAGAGUGAGGACAGUGAGGAUAGUGAUGGUAAAAAGAAUGAGCAGUAUGGUAAAGAGAAUGCAGGCGAGAGUGACGGCAGGAGGAUAGUGAUGUACGGCAGUGAGGAUAGUGAUGGUAAAGAGAAUGCAGGCGGGAGUGACGGCAGUGAGGAUAGUGAUGGUAAAGAGAAUGCAGGCGAGAGUGACGGCAGUGAGGAUAGUGAUGGUAAAGAGAAUGCAGGCGAGAGUGACGGCAGUGAGGAUAGUGAUGGUAAAGAGAAUGCAGGCGGGAGUGACGGCAGUGAGGAUAGUGAUGGUAAAGAGAAUGCAGGCGAGAGUGAGGACAGUGAGGAUAGUGAUGGUAAAAAGAAUGCAGGCGAGAGUGAGGACAGAGAAUGA